AUGGAAGAAGAGGACAACAAGCUCAGCCAGGGGAUAGAUAGCUAUUAUUUAAUCAAUUCAAGCCGAAAAUACAAUCUAUCACAUCCAUCGCCAUUAGAUAAUUUAUUGACCUUAUAUGGUUUAGAACCAGUUGCUAAUUCACUUGCAAGGACAAACCCCGAUGGGUCGAAGGGAGUUAAAUUAAGAAAGUCGUAUAAGAAUCAUAUUCAAGAUUUACCAGGAAAACACCAAAUUCCACCACUGAAACCAGUUCCUGGAUCUUUGUUAGAUCCCUCAAUAUCACAAGCACCAGAUUUGAUCAAGUCUUUGGAUGCAGAUUUAUUAAAUCAAGCGUUAAAGUUUGAAAAAACUUCAAUCAACGGAAUACCUGGUUUUAAUACCUCAGAUUUGGCUAUAAAUGACCAGCAAACAUUAAUGAGAGGUGAUGAUAUGUCGGAGAAUGAUGAAUUUGGGGGCUCAAAGAAGAAUAAGCGUAAGAAGAAGUUGCAGCCAAAUGGUGGUGACAUAAAGAGACAACAUGUAUAA